UGCAUUUAAAUGCUGAUUGAAAUGUUAAACACAGAUUAAAUAUUGAUGCAACCGGGCGUUAUUGCUGCUUGUUGCAUUCCAAUUUGUAAUCUUUGAGGGCCGUGUUCACGCGACGCGACGCGACGGGAAGCAACGCGAGGCGUGGCAGCUACCCUAGGCCUUGGCCCGGCCCGGCUCAGCGUUUAAAUGAGCAGCCAGAGUGUGCGUGUGUAUGACUUUAUUAAAAAAUUGUUAAUUCGCAUAAAGUAUAACGUGCGCGUGUUCAGCUCGAAAGUAUUUUACACGUUGUUUGUGAACAUUUUUUGUUGUCGAUAUUCACAUAAAUAUCACAUGCGUCGCUCAAGCUCAGCCGCGCGACUCACAACACGCGCCCGUUAAUUGUGUGUUCCAUCUUUGCAUUAAAAAUAUUCGCAAUGCACGGUAUUUGUUAAAUCCUAGCUUAACGCACAUGUUCCAUUUUUUUAACGGCAAAAUUAAUAACAAGUAUACGACACGUUGGCCCAGCCCAGCCCCCGGUAAUUGUCAUUGUUUAACGUGCGGCUUGGCUUGCAUUUAAAUCACUUCUUAAUGAAGUGCACAACAUCAGCUGCUGGCCGGAUUACUUGCGAGCUGUGAAUGCAACUGAACAAUGCAACACCUCAAUACGCUGCUGCGGCAACGACUCCAAAAGCACAAAACUUGUGCUCAGGGCACAAAUAAAAAACUGUACAUGAAACAACUUAAUUAGUUGUUGUCGAGCAAAAAGCCGUGUACAUUGCAGCCAGCCAGUUAAGGGAGCACCGCCUGCGGCUGUGGAGGGCGCCACAUUGCAGCGAAUUUUAAGAAAUAUUUUUGCUCAUUUCGCUUCAUUAGUGUUAGCGAGCAUGUUUAAGGCCAAAUAGGGCUGCUGCUGCAGUUGCAGCCAGGGCCCGGCCAAAUACUGAGCCCAAGCCACGCGCUCCCCCCUCCGCCAAGCGCAACUUUUGUUCUCACGCGCGCUCGUUAGUGUUGCGGUGUGUGUGUUAAAAUUAAAAAAAAAAAAAAUACUAAUAAAAAAAAAAAAGAAACAACGUGUAACGAAUCGCAAAAAAGAUAUACACGACAAGUGCGUAUUCGCAUAAAUUGUAUUAUUCGGGAGAAAUGCAUUGGCUGCGUUCCAAGUCAACGUCUAGAACUAGAACAAAUUCGCGCUUCCGCACAACCGAUACGGCAACUACUUCCUUGACAAUGCACAUAACAACUUCCUACGGCAGCGUCUGGCAACGCCAACAUUUGGCGCUAUUCACAUUGCUGCUGCUGCUGCUGGCAGCACACAUCAAUAUUGCUUCCGGUCAAAUCGAUUGGGACGACGACGACGAUCCAGUUAGCACUGUGGCUGUGGAGGCCGUGCUGGGACGCACCGCAUCCUUGCCGUGUGACAUUGAGCCGGAGGCAAAGGACGAUCGUGUCUAUAUGGUGCUCUGGUUCCGUGAGACCGCUGGCAAACCACUUUACAGCUUUGAUGUGCGCGGGCGGCCCUUUGAGAAGGCGCUCUACUGGUCAGAUACCAACUCAUUUGGGCCACGUGCGUAUUUUGUUACCGGACAGCAGCCAGCGAAAUUAUCUGUGGAAAAUAUACAGCUGGACGAUGAGGGCGUUUAUCGCUGUCGCGUGGACUUUCAGAACUCGCCAACGCGCAAUCAUAGAAUUAAUUUAACGGUCAUUGUUCCUCCGCAUCAGAUACUCGUGUAUGAUGCCUCAGGCCGAGAUGUGGCUGGCGCUGUGGGUCCAUUGCUCGAGGGCGAUAAUAUUGUGUUGACAUGUGAAGUGCGUGGCGGUCGACCGGAGCCGACUGUCACAUGGCUGAACGGCUCCAGGACUCUGGAGGCUGGCAGCGGCAUAUCGAUGGGCCGUCAUGUAACUGUUAAUCGACUGGAGGUACCACAAAUAACGCGUGCGGCACUCAACAACACCUAUCGCUGUCAGGCGUCCAACACAAAGCUGGUGGCACCCGUCGAGCGCAGCAUACGCAUUGAAAUGUUAUUGAAGCCGACAUCGGUCAAUUUGACCAACAAGUUGAAGGUAUUCUCAUCGAGCACACAAUAUAAUCUUACGUGCAUUGUGGCCGGUUCGGUGCCGGAUACGGAAAUCAGAUGGACACAGAAUAAUCGACCCUUCAAACGUGGCACGCUGUCAACGAGCCAGGGCAAUGGACGCGUGCUAUCCACUUUGUCAUUUUAUCCACAGCCUGAAGACGAUGGCACCAUGCUCAAAUGUGAGGGUUCAAAUCCCCGAUUACAAAACUCAGCCAUCGAGGAUUCGCUCAUGCUGAAUGUCAUGUAUCCGCCACAGGUCAGCUUGUCCCUGGGCUCCACCCUGCGGCCUGAUGAUAUCAAGGAAGGCGAUGAUGUUUAUUUCGAGUGCCACAUCAAGGCGAAUCCCAAGGAGCAUCGCAUAACCUGGUCGCACGAUGGCCUGCCCGUUACACAGAACGUCUCCUGGGGCAUCAUCAUAUCCACACGUAGCCUGGUCCUGCAGCGUGUGGGUCGCGUUCAUUCCGGCUACUAUGCCUGCUCGGCGGCCAAUGAUCGCGGCGAGACGCAGAGUGCGCUGGUCAAUCUUCGAAUACGCUAUGCGCCAGUUUGCAGCAGCAGUGUGAUUGGGGUUAUUGGCGCCUCCUUGGAGGAGGCGGUGCCCAUACCAUGUCGGGUCAACUCCGAUCCACCGGAAAUCGAUUUCGAGUGGACAUUCUCAAGCAGCGGCGAGCAUUUCGAGGUGCCAUCGGGACACUAUGCGACCAUACAGGAUCCAACCAUGAGCACCAGCAGCGAUGUGCGACGCACCGUUUUCGAGUCCAAUGAUACCCACUUCGAGAGCUACGUGGAAACUGUUAGUGAGCUGAUCUAUACGCCGAAGGGCGAGCGGGACUAUGGCACGCUGGCGUGCUGGGGCCGGAAUGCGAUUGGCAAACAGUCGGAGCCGUGUCUAUUUCAGGUGGUGCCAGCGGCCAAGCCGGGCGCUCUGCGCAAUUGUACGCUGCGUCCGUAUGUGGUGACCUCCGCGUCGCUGAAUUCAUCGAAUCAGACGACAAUGCAUGGCAAUCAAAUCUUGCAAACACAAUACGGCAGACACGAUGCGAAUUAUCCGCACAUGGAAUACGUACGUGAGCGCAAUAAUGCCAGCAAUAAUGGACGGAACAAUGUGGCUGCAUCAGCUGCCAAUAAUAAAAAUAUGAAAGGCAAAGGCAAAAUAAAUGCUGGCCCUGUUAAAUCUAAUAAGCAGCAGCAGCAGCAGCAGCAGUCGGAGCAAAGAUAUCGCCUGAAUCAACAGCAAUUGCAGCGUCUAAAAAAGCGCACAUCAUUUACACCGUCGCAGACAUUGGCGGCCAUUGAGCGUGGCAAGAAGCAGCAGCAAUUGCUGCUGGCCAAGGCAGCUGCCACGCCCACAGUUGGCUUCAUCAAUAACAAAACUGAUGGAUUACUGGCCAAGCAGCCAAAGCAGUCGAACCAGCCACAGGACACCAAGCGGCGUCUGCGACGCUCUCCAAAACUGCUCAAGACAGCCGCAACAACAACAACAACAGCAGGAGCAGGAAAAAAGCUGCAAAGUGCAACAAAAUCAAAUUUAUCAUUGUCACAUAUAAAACAGGCUGAAAUAGUUGCUGGCUCGAAUGUCAAAAGCAACAACGGCAAACUGCCAGCAAAGUAUUUUAAUAAGCGACAGAAAAACAUGCACAAACAGCAGCAGCAGCAACAGCAGCCGCAGCAGGGGCAACAACAAGGACUAAGCAGCGAGGUAAACGAGCACAACAUAAUCCAUCAUUUUGCAACAGUGAGACGAGGCAAGCGCCAAGCAGCAAAUGACAUUACAGCAGCAGCAGCAGCAGCUACGCCAGCAGCAGCAGCAGCAACAGCAGCUGGCACAACAGCAACAACCAAGUCAGACUCAGCAGUUGCUGAUGUCGAGAACGAUGCCAGCAGCAGCAGCAUCGGCGACAUUGACACAAUGCUGGCAACAAUGCGAGCACGCAAAUCUUUGGAGGUGAUUGGCAAUGAGAAAGUCAAGAACAGACUGUUGCCACCGAAUGCGCCACAAAUUAGCAACAAGCCGGCGGCAGCAGCGCAACAAAUGGCAGCAGCAAUUAGCAGCAACAAUAAGCAAGCAACAGCAGCAGCAGCAGCAGCAGUUGCAGUUGAAAUCAAGACAAACCUGGGCAAAGAUAGCGCGCCUUUGUCCACAGAUCCGGCAAGAGCUGAGCAGGCGGAUAACAACGACAAUGCAGACAAUGAUGAGGACAAUGAUGAAGCUGAUGCUGAUGAGGAUGACGUUGCGAUUGCUGACGAAGAUGCUGAGGAGCUGCCAACAGACGACGACGACGACAACUACGUGGCAGAUGAGCCCAGCGACUUGGCGGACUAUGAUACAGGCGACCAACAACAACAAGAACAACGACAGCGACAGCAUGUUGAUAUUUCAAGCCUGGAGCAGCAGCUGGACCUGGAAUCAUUAGAAGAUGAUGAUGCGGAUGCCGAUGCCGAUGUUGAUGUCGAUGAUGAUAUCUACAAUGUUAGCGACGAUGAUUUUGUGGCCAGCGUGGCGCUGUCUACCGCAGAAGCAACAACAACAGCAACAACAACAACAACUACAGUGAAGCCGCAACCAAAACAACAACAACAACAACAUCUGCCCCCCACAGCUCCGCCAGCCGAGUGGCAGCAACCCCAUUUCGAUUACUCACGCAUGGAGUACAGCUUCAGCAAUGGCGUGGUCACUCAAAGUCUCAUUGGUGGCGGCGCCAAUGGCUACGAUGGCAAUACAGCGGUUGGCGGGGGCGGGGGAACCAUCAAUUUCGACAACUAUGACAACAUAAUAUACUCCACCAUGGAGCUGGAGUGCAUGCCCGGCUAUGAUGGCGGUCUGCAGCAACAGUUCUAUCUGGAGGCCUACGAUUCAAAAACCAAAAAGUUACGACUAAACAUGAGUAGCACCUAUAUGGAUGUGCCAGUUUUUCGCAUCGAUCUGUCUGAUCUGACUCCGAUGGACUACUAUCCGGACGCGCAUCCAGCGCUGCAUUUGGUCGUCUACAGCGUCAACCAGAAGGGACGCUCCGAACCGAUUGUGCUGGAGAAUGUGCCCAUCAAUGAGGCGGACAAGCGUUCAGAUGGACGCAUGGGUCUAUCCAUAUUGCCGCUGGCCGCGCUGCUCACCGGAACGCUCUUCACCGUGGGCAUCGCCGUGUUGUUUGUGGUUGUCAUUGCGGUGCGUCGUCGCCGCUGCCAGGGCGCCCGGAAUUUGUGCGAUGACAAGGACAAGCACUUGGGCAUGGAUGUGACGGUGACAGCGCCCCUGGAAACGGGCGCCGGCCAUCAGCGACUGGUCGUCGCCUAUACGCUCAAGCAGGGCAUUGAGAAGCAGCCGGACAUACUGAGUGCACAGAAGAGCGCAACUGGCAGCGACACAUCCUCACCGCUGGGAAAUCGACAGAGUGGUUCAUUUAUGGGCGGCAGCAAUGGGCCAGCGACCAGCGGUGCAUCGGCGAGUCAUAAAACAGCCGAUUAUGAGGUGAAUGCGCCGCACCUGAACAGCCCGCCGUCGCAGUCGAGUACUCUGAAACUGGAAAGUGAGAAUGCGGCGAAAAGUUACCAGACGCCAGCGGCGGCAGCCUCGCUGCUGUACGAUGCCAUGCCCACGCUCAGUCGCUACGAGCAGCUGGGCCUGAACAUGGGCAGCUAUGCCGGCGGUGGUGGUGGUGCUGGUGGUGGUGGUGGUGGUGGUGGCGGUGCUGGGAUUGGCAGCAACAGUACGCUGAGCUCGGCCGGAAGCGUGGCGAACUCGACGAGCAAUGCGCUUGGCAAUGGCGGGCACUAUGCACAGCAUAUGCAUCAUACGCUGCCCCAUGGCCUGGCCUCGGGCAGCCUGCCACGCGGACGUGAUCCGCUAACUUUGGCCGAUUAUCUGACCACCAGCAGCCUGAUUGACUAUAAUCUGAGCAAGUCGGCGGCGGCCACAGCAGCACCGCUGCCCACGCACAUGACGCUGCCGAAGGGCCUGGGCCAUGUCGGCGGCAUGGCCGGCACAAGUCUGUCGCCCUCGCAGCUGACAACCAUUACACAGAAAUCGAAUGCCGGACGCAAUCACAUCAUCACGGACACGCUGCCCGGCCCGGAGAGCUGCGUCUAAAGCUUGCGUGCGGACGAGCUAUCGAAUUCCUGGCAACAAACAAAAGACUGGCGCACAUCAGAAACAGAUU